AUGUUUAGAUCGCCUAUUUCAUACUGUGAUGGUGUUUGCUUCUUAUCAUCUACGCCUAGCUGCCAGAAUGCAAGACUUUAUUCAACUGUUAGCAGUACAGGCUCAGGAUCAUUUAGUCCCGUCAAAUGGCUUUUAUCUAUUGGAGUUGUUUCGACAUCAGUUUAUUUUGGUGCUGCCUAUGCUGCCACAAAGAACGAAACCAUUCACAAAUUAUGGAUUAACAAUCAAGUGCCUGGAGGCGAGGCUGCAUUGGAUCUAACUCGAUCCUUCGAGUCUCGGAUUCGUAAGAUAAACCUAUCGGAUAUCCACCAGUCUGUAUCAGACACUACAGACAUGAUAAAAACAAAUGCUGAGCAUGCAUUCGACUAUACCGGUCGCACUAUUCACCAGGCAACCGAGAUGACCAACGCUACGAUUGAAACUGUAUCUGGCUAUGUGGAUACUGUGUCGAAUGCUACUUCAGACACCAUUAAAGUUGCUACGAAUGUGAUCAACGAGACCACCGAUACGAUACAGUCUGUUGUACACGAUGCAGAAGCUGUUUACUCUUCCGUGGUUUCUGCCGUGACGGGUGUGACUGCUCGUCAAUCUGAAUCCAAAGCUGAUUCAUCGUCGUCUGCAAAGCCUUCAGCAGUUACUGCGCCAGCUAUUUCUAAUGCCGAACCUCAGCCUGCUGCAAAGAAACCUGUUGCUGAGAAGAAGGUGACCGAGACUCCUGCCAUUGUCAAAAUACAGACUGACGAUCAUCCAGCCUCCCCAAAAACUCUCAAGAAACAAGAUCUGCCCAGUGAAAAGACAAUCGCAGCUCCAGUUUCAGCUCCAACUCCAGUUCCGGCUGUAAUGGAGAAACAAACUCCUGUUGAUGAUAAAACUUCCAAGACUGUCUUGGAAACCAAGAUUGAAAAGAAACCUGUUGUUACAAAAGUCAAAUCUAAGCCCGAAGUCAAAGAAACUCCCGUUGAAAAAGUAGCAGUUCCUCAGUCUCCACCACUUAUCGAGACCAUUGAUGCUGAGGCUGGUGUCAAGGCUAUUCAAAACCGUCUUCCUGUUUUUGAGUCAUUCAUGGUUACGCUUGACGACUUGUCCAAAACCGUCAAUCAUCUCCUGAAUGAAGCCGAACCGCUUUCUGGAGAUGCUACCCAUUUACGAAAAGCGCGCAAGGAUCUUGAUGCUCUUACCAAGUUUGUCACCCAUCUGGAAGCCGAUGAAGUUGCCAUGGUGCAUACCGCUCUUAGCCAGCAAGCGGUCAUAUUUCAGCGCACCAUCGAUGCUGUUCGUGAAAACAGCAAUAAUGCUCUUUCUCAAAAGGCACUUGAACUCGAGUCAGAGCUGACUUCAAAGUUACUAGAUCAAGAAAAAAAUCUUACAUCUGCUUAUGAGCAUAAUCUAGCAGAGCAGCUGAUAAAACAAGCCGAGGAAUUUCGUGCCGCUCUAGAUAUUGAUCUUCAACGCCAAGCAGCCGAGCUUGAAAAGUUUUGGUCGCAUGAAGUCAAGGAGCGUGUUGAUCAGGAACGUGAAGGACGCCUGUCCCGUUUGGAUCAUCUUGCUUUAAAAGUCAAGUAUCUUGAACGCAUUUCUUUGGACGCCGGUGAAGGAUUUGAUCGCAGUCAUCGCAUUCAUCAGCUUCAAACUGCACUUCGUGCUAUUCGCUUGGCAAUUGAUAAUCCACACACUACAAACUUUUCUCAGGAGUUGAAGGCUCUCCAGGCUCUCUGUGAAGGUGAUGAGUUUGUUUCGCAGAUCGUAUCCUCUCUUCCAAAAGAUGCUGCUCGACAAUAUACCUCGUAUCAAGAGCUUACCAACUACCUUCAUAACAUUACAACUCCUCUCCGUCGCAGCCAGCUUGUUUCGGAUGAUACUGGUGCACUUUCCUAUGCACUUUCUUUGUUUUUAUCCUACUUUAUCCUUCCAAAACACGGCCGCGUAGCUGGUACAGAUUUGGAAUCCAUCUUGGCACGUACUGAGCAUCAUCUUUUCAACAACCGUAUGGACGAGGCUACACGCGAGAUCAACCAACUAUCUGGAUGGCCUAAAAGAUUGUCUCGAGAUUGGCUUGCUAAAGCACGUACGCAUUUGGAGAUUCAACAGGCCAUCAAGCUUAUUGAAGUGCAUUUGAACCUGCAAAGUAUGGGUGUAGUUUAAACAUUUCUAUUCAUUUGUCACGAUUCUCGAGUAAUUGGUUCUUGUAUUGCAGCAACCAUACACUUUUUUGUACGGCAUAUUUUGGUGUCUUGACUGUAAUCCUAGUGGCAUGAUGUGUUUGGUUUUCACUGAUGCAAAAGUGACAAAUUAAAGGAAUAUCUUGUUUUUCAAGAAUAAAAGCUCAACUCUGCAUCCCUUUC